UGCCAAAAAUAAGCAGUUGACUGAAUUAGAAACUAAAAUUAAUGAAUUAUUUGCCAGUGAUUUAAUUAACAAUUUAUCCGCUUACCCUUAUUUAAGUCAAAGUUGGCAGCAAGCCAAAUUAUCCACCCUUAUCCAGCAAUUAGCAACGAUAAUUAAAGAGUUAAAAAAAGAAACUUAUUUAGAUGCUUUGUGUAGUGAUUUAGAAACCAGUUAUAAAUUAGUCAAAGAAUUAAGCGGCAAGGAGUAUAAUAAUGAUUUAUUGGAUAUUAUUUUCAUAGAGGAAAAAUAUAAUAAUUUCAGAAAUGUUUGUCGUGCUGCUCGGCAGGAAAUAAAGAAUAAGAUAGAGGAGGCCAAGAUGGAAAUUGCUGAGGUUUUCGCAGAUGGAGAAUAUUUUGAUUUACAACCGCAAUAUUGUUUUUCGGUUUAUGAAUGUCGAGAUAGCCAACAACUAAGUGGUUGUGAGAAGCAAAUAAACGAUUUAAUUCAAACCCUUGCUAAUAUUAGUGAAGAAGCACGAAAGGAAAAAGAAAGAAUAGCCCGCGAAACGACCCAAGAAAAACAGGAGCAAGCCAAAAAAGAAAGAGAGAAACAACAAAAGAAAAAAACUGAUAAAAAUAACCAAGACCGCCAAGCUGAAAAACUACAAGAAGAAAUCGAUAAAAAGGUAGAAGAGUUGCAAAAUAAACUCCGCGACCUAGAAAAUUCAGGAGGAACCGAUAACCCUUCUUCGCAAAGGGAGAAAGAGGAUUUAAAUAAGCAGUUAUGGGAUUUAAAAAUGGAUGAUUUAACUAAAAAAUCUCCU